CUCCCCACCCUGAACUCCUUCAGGGGGAGCUGGAGGUCAGCAGCUGCAGGGGCAUGUGACUUAACCCUUGUGGAGGCAGACGAUGCUGGAGGCCCCGCCCCUGCUGCUGGCUGCUGGUGCCGUCGGCCUGGCCCUGCUCGCACUGCGGUGGCUGGCCCCACUGGACCUGCGGCUCUUCGGCUUGGCCUUUAUCUGCUGGAACGAGUUCAUCGUGAACCCCGUCCGCAACCUCCUCAUGGGCAGCAGCAAGGAGCAGCGCAUCCUCCAGCACGUGCUGCAGCACGCGGUGGCCGGGGACCCGGAGAGCGUGGUGGCCGCCAUCGACGGCUACAGCUCGGAGAAGGAGUGGGCCAUGCACGUGGGCGAUAAGAAAGGCCAGAUCGUGGACAGCGUGCUGAGGGAGCAGCGGCCGUCAGUGCUGCUGGAGCUGGGCGCCUACUGCGGCUACUCGGCGGUGCGAAUGGCCCGCCUGCUGCUGCCUGGCGCCCGGCUGCUCACCAUCGAGCUCAACCCCGAAUAUGCGGCCAUCACCCAGCAGAUGGUGGAGUUUGCAGGCCUGCGGGACAAGGUGACCGUUGUUCUUGGAGCGUCCCAGGACAUCAUCCCCCAGCUGAAGAAGAAAUAUGACGUGGACACUUUGGACAUGGUCUUUAUCGACCACUGGAAGAACCGCUACCUGCCGGACACGCUUCUCCUGGAGGAGUGCGGCCUGCUGCGGAAGGGGACGGUGUUGCUGGCCGACAACGUCAUCUUUCCUGGGGCGCCCGACUUUCUGGAGUAUGUGCGCGGGAGCAGCCGCUUCACGUGCUCACACUUCAGCUCGUACCUGGAGUACUCCAAGGUGGUAGACGGCCUGGAGAAGGUCGUCUACAAGGGCCCGGACAGCCCUGUGCAGGAUCCCCCGCCACGCCCGGCCCUGAAGGGUGAGGCAGCCCCAGCCCUGUAGCGCUGGCCUGUCCUCAGGCCAGCAGCCCCGUGGCUGCCUCUCGUCAGCUCCAGGCUGUCACGCUGGCCUGCCCCGAGCAUGCCCAGCUCCCCUUCCAGAAUCGUGGCAGUACAUCUAGAAGGUGCCUGCCUGUGAAGACCCGCUAGGCAAGCAGUGCACGUGACAGUGUCGCGUGCACACACACACACACGUGCAGUCACACACUCACACAGCAUCUCAGAUUCACACCAUCUCACACACACUCUC